AAAAUAUCAAACCCAUUUAGAACCUACGAACCAGCAUGAACAAACAAAGCAAAUUUCAAAAAAAAAAAAUUUGAAAAAACCAAAAAAGAGAAUAAAAAGUCUACAUCACCGGAAUCUGUCUUUCCGGACUAUUUUCGCGGACCACGACGGAGACAUCAUCCUCCGUGACUGCAUGUUCCCGCCGAUUCUUCGCCGUAGAAAAUUGAAAUUGAUGAUCGGAAAAACCAGAUAAGACAAGAUAACCUAAAAAUUUCCGUUUUUUAAGAUAAAAAUGGGUGGAGGAGGAGGAGGAGUAAGCGGUAGCCUUUCUGCGGAAGGUCCGAGAGAGCUCGAUCAGACUCCGACAUGGGCCGUCUCCACUGUUUGUGGCGUCAUCAUCUUGAUCUCUAUAUUCUUGGAGCUCAUGAUUCACAAAAUCGGAGAGGUGUUCGAGAAAAAAAAGAAAGCUUUAUUCGAAGCUCUUCAAAAGAUCAAAAACGAGCUGAUGGUUUUGGGAUUCAUUUCGCUGCUACUAACAUUUGGGCAAAACUACAUCGCAAGCAUAUGCGUGCCGUCAAGAUACGGCCACGCAAUGUCCUUCUGUGGUCCGUACGAUGGUCCCAGUGGUGACGCCAAGAAGGCAAAGACCACCGAUCACAUCGACAGGCACCUUCUCUCUUUCCAACGCCGUGUUUUGGCUGACGCUGCUCCUGCUGAGUGCAAGAAGGGAUAUGUGCCGCUUAUAUCACUCAAUGCGUUGCAUCAAGUGCAUAUCUUUAUAUUUUUCUUGGCUGUGUUUCAUGUGAUUUAUAGUGCUAUAACCAUGAUGCUUGGAAGAGCAAAGAUUCGUGGAUGGAAAGUCUGGGAGGAAGAGGUCAUAAAUGAUCAUGAAAUGAUGAAUGACCCUUCAAGGUUUAGGCUCACACACGAGACAUCAUUUGUUCGAGAGCAUGUCAAUCAUUGGGCGAAGAACCGAUUCUCCUUCUACGUUAUGCUGAGAUCUGUCAGAAGAUCUGAUUAUUUGACGAUGCGUCAUGGAUUCAUUAGUGUCCAUUUGGCACCCGGGAUGAAGUUUAAUUUCCAAAAGUACAUCAAAAGGUCAUUGGAAGACGACUUCAAGGUAGUCGUGGGAAUCAGUCCAGAGCUAUGGGCCUUUGUAAUGCUCUUUUUACUCUUUGAUGUUCAUGGGUGGUAUGUUACUGCUGUGAUCACCAUGAUUCCUCCAGUUUUGACAUUAGCGAUAGGAACCAAGCUUCAGGCCAUUAUAUCAGACAUGGCGUUGGAGAUUCAGGAGAGACACGCAGUGAUUCAAGGGAUGCCACUAGUUAAUGUCUCUGACCGACAUUUCUGGUUAAGUCGUCCUGCCUUAGUUCUUCAUAUCAUCCACUUCGUUCUCUUCCAGAAUGCCUUUGAGAUCACCUACUUCUUCUGGAUAUGGUAUGAGUUUGGGUUACGGUCCUGUUUUCAUCACCAUUUCGCCCUUAUAAUCAUACGGGUUGCUCUCGGAGUGGGAGUACAGUUUCUCUGCAGUUACAUUACGCUUCCUCUUUACGCUCUCAUGGGAUCAACGAUGAAGCGAUCGGUGUUUGAUGAGCAAACGUCGAAGGCAUUGAAGCAAUGGCAUAUCAAAGCGAAGAAAAAGAGCGAGACGCCAGGAACAAUGCAGUCUCCACUGCCUCAUCUCCGGCCUAAAACCGGCGGCGGCGAUAUUGAGUCUGCUCCGGCAAACAUCACGGCAAGUGUUGAUGUUAAAGAAGGAGACCAGCGUCGUAAACCUGGUGACUUCUUAACCGGUCCCUAGAAACCAGACCAGUCAAGGAGACACUACUUUUUUCAUUUAACCGGCUAACUCAAAUAUACACAUUUACACUAUAGGUUUUAUUCAUUGAUUUAUAUGUAAUUAUUUGUUUGUAUUGUAAGACAAUUAGCUCAAUUUUGUACCAGCUUACUGACAUAAUACAAAAAUUUGAGUCAAAGGCACGUCCUAGUUUAAUUGUUACUUGCCCAAUUGCACUCUCUUUUCUUUAUUCUAUCGAAAGUGCUAAAAAGCGCCUUGAGUUUCGUCGCCGUCUCCCUUGCCGGCGCCGUCGUUAUAAUCUCACAGCCGUCACCGCCGUUGCUACUUUAUCCUUGUCUUUGCUAGUUGUCACCGCUGCCUAUAAGGUGUUGAAUACUAUGAUCAAAGCUCCCGCCAUGAAAGCAAUAAAGAAGAAAAUUGAGAAAGAUAUUUACGGAGUUGGAAGUAUUGGCCUUUUCACUGAGUUGGACAAAGAGAGUUUAGCAAUAAACCAGAAACCUGGAUUGGAAGAACACUCUGGUCUAGACAAACCGAAAAUAACGACCCUAGACAAACAAUGUUCUACACCAAUCAAAGCAAUGCAUCCACGUACAUUCCAGACAGAACUCAACCCAAUCCCUCAGAGUUCGACGUUUUUACACCAGCUGACACGUCAUUCACAGCAUAGGAACCUCAUGGCAGGACGUGCAGUUCAUGCACGGAUCAUCAGAACUGGAGCAUCGACAUGCACCCACCACUCCAAUGGCCUUGUCAACCUUUACGCCAAAUGCGGACACUUACCCAAAGCCGACUCCAUCUUCAAUGCCAUAGUCAGCAAGGAUGUCGUAUCCUGGAACAGUCUCAUCACUGGAUAUUCCCAGAACGGAGGCCUCUCCAGCUCCCGCACUGUUAUGCAGCUGUUCCGGGAGAUGAGAGCGCAAAAUGUGCUGCCAAACGCUUAUACCCUUGCCGGGAUUUUUAAGGCUGAAUCGAGUCUUGCAAGUUGUACAGUCGGGAGGCAGGCUCACGCGCUUGUGGUCAAAAUGUCGAGUUUUGGGGAUAUAUAUGUUGACACUUCGAUGUUGGGCAUGUACUGUAAAGCGGGAAUGGUUGAGGAUGGACUCAAAGUGUUCGCCUUCAUGCCUGAAAGAAACACGUAUACGUGGUCUACCAUGGUUUCUGGCUUUGCUACAAGAGGACGCGUUGAAGAGGCGAUUAAAGUGUUCAAUUUGUUUCUUAGAGAAAAGGAGGAAGAGAGUGAUAGUGACUAUGUCUUCACUGCGGUCCUUAGCUCUCUGGCUGCAACCGAAUACGUUGGCCUAGGCAGGCAGAUCCAUUGCAUCACGGUUAAAAAUGGGUUGCUCGUGUUUGUUGCUUUGAGUAAUGCGCUUGUCACCAUGUACUCAAAGUGCGAGAGCUUGACUGAGGCAUGCAAGAUGUUUGACUCGUCUGGUGACAGGAAUUCGAUCACAUGGUCAGCAAUGGUCACUGGUUAUUCUCAGAAUGGGGAAUCACUCGAAGCAGUAAAGCUUUUCUCGAGAAUGUUCUCUGCUGGAAUAAAGCCCAGCGAGUACACGAUUGUUGGGGUUCUUAAUGCAUGCAGUGACAUUUGCUAUGUAGAAGAAGGGAAACAACUUCAUUCUUUUUUGUUAAAGUUGGGAUUCGAAAAUCAUUUAUUUGCGACUACAGCUUUGGUUGACAUGUAUGCGAAAGCCGGUUGUCUAGCAGACGCUAGGAAAGGGUUUGAUGGGCUACAAGAACGUGAUGUCGCUCUUUGGACAUCGCUUAUAAGCGGGUAUGUUCAAAACUCAGAUAACGAAGAGGCUCUGGUUCUGUACCGCGGAAUGAAAAGUGAAGGUAUUAUCCCAAAUGAACCAACCAUGGCAAGCGUUUUAAAAGCUUGCUCCUCUCUAGCUACCUUGGAGCUUGGAAAGCAAAUACAUGGCCACACAAUCAAGCACGGUUUCAGUCUAGAAGUUCCAGUCGGAAGCGCACUUUCUACAAUGUACUCAAAAUGCGGGAGCUUGGAAGAUGGAGACCUCGUCUUUCAAAGAACUCCCGAUAAAGACGUUGUCUCUUGGAACGCGAUGAUCUCAGGAUUGUCUCAUAACGGAAAAGGAGACGAAGCCUUGGAACUUUUUGAAGAGAUGUUAGCGGUGGGAACGGAACCGGAUGAUGUGACAUUCGUGAACAUUAUAUCAGCGUGUAGCCAUAAAGGGUUUGUAGAGAGAGGCUGGUCUUAUUUCAAUAUGAUGUCCGAACAGUUUGGGAUGGUUCCGAAAGUUGAACACUAUGCGUGUAUGGUUGAUCUGCUGAGCCGUGCAGGGCAGCUCAAAGAGGCAACAGAGUUCAUCGAAUCAGUUGAUAUCGAUCACGGUAUAUGCCUUUGGCGGAUACUACUAAGCGCAUGUAGGAACCAUGGGAACUGUGAACUGGGAGCUUACGCAGGAGAGAGGCUCAUGGCACUUGGAUCGAGAGAAUCAUCAACGUAUGUACAGUUGUCUAGCAUUUACACGGCUUUAGGACGGAUGAGAGAAGUGGAACGGGUUUGGGGACUCAUGAGAGCGAACGGGGUAAGCAAAGAAGUUGGUAGCAGUUGGAUCAUGGUGAAUAAUCAGUGCCAUGCCUUUGUUGUGGGAGAUACAAUGCAUCCGAUGAUUGAAGAUAUCAAGGAUUUGGUUUGCUUGGUGAGUAGACAGUUUAUGGAAGAAGGAUUCACAACUGUGUUGGAUUCUUGUUAUGUAGAAGAAGGAACACAAUUAGUUCUUUCAUGAUUUUGUCUGUCUCUUAUACAAAACGUGUUGUACUCUUUUAGGAGUAUAACUUAUAGGUUUUUUACUUUAGGUAUUUGAACAAAAAGAAAAAAUUAGGUUUGUAACCUUUUGUGUGAAUGAAAAUGUAUCACAAAUAGUUAUAAAUUUGGCCAGCCUAAAUGUGUGUGCAGCUGCAUGUGUUACUAAAUGCAAUUCUCUAAGUUACUAUUUUUGUUUAUACUAAUAUUCUUGAUUCUUCUAUACU